AUGUCCAAGACAGUGGUUGUGACCGGAGCUUCGAAGGGCAUUGGAAAAGCCAUUGUUGAAAAUCUGUUUAAAGCAGAUGAAAAUGUCAAAGUGAUUGGCAUCGCCCGGUCUCUGGACGAGCUGAAGGAGAUGCAGACACGAUUCGGUCCAAGGUUCGAAUACGUCUGUGCUGACGUUACAGACGAAACGGCACUCCGCGAGUUUUUUAUUCGCAAGGCACCCACUAUUGAUGUUGUGAUAGCUAAUGCGGGUGUCCUGUCACCUGUUCAGAGCGUGGCGGAUGCAAACGUCAGCCAAUGGAAACAGCUUUUCGAUGUGAACUUUUUCAGUGUGGUCUCUCUUGUAACGCAGCUAUUACCGAAGCUCAGAAGCUCUACCCAAGGCGACAUAAUAUUCGUUAGUUCUGGUGCUAGCGUCAAACCCUACUACGCAUGGGACGCCUACGGUGCAUCCAAAGCAGCCCUUAACCAUUUUGCCAUGUCGAUAGCGUCAGAAGAAUCCAACGUAAGGGCAGUUGCGGUGGCUCCUGGUGUUGUGGACACUCAAAUGCAAAGUGAUAUUCGUGACACUCUCGGGCCCGCGAACAUGACGCCCGAAUCGUUGAAAAGAUUCACAGAUCUGCACAAAACAGGCGAUCUUUUGAACCCCAAUGUCCCAGCAUCAGUCUAUGCCAAUCUCGCACUGAAAGGUAUACCCACAGGAAUAAAUGGGAAAUAUCUGCGCUAUAACGAUGCGCUACUGGCAGAUUUCAGUUGA